UGGCGCCCUUGCGACCACAUGGCAAACCGGCAAGAUGGCGGCCUCCAGUGAAACACCUCUCGGAAUUUUUCACCGAAGUAUAUCGAGCAUUUUUGACGGAUGGACUGUACUUCAGCUAGCAGUGAGUCACGGUUAUGGAGGAAUCCAUGGCAGGGAAAAGGCACUGUGGCUGGUGGAUGCUGUAUACACCUGGUUCCAAGAAAAUGAUGGCAUUGAACCAGAGGAGCUGGAAGAUUUCGUCGCUGAAAUCAUGGACAACGAAUUUGACACCAGGGCUGAGGACGGCAGCUUGACUGUGAUUUCCCAAACCAUAUGCGGUAAUUUUGACCUCUGCAAGGCGGGCAGGCAUGCAGCGGUCUUACAGAGGAUUCAGGAGAUGCCUAAGGCUAGCCUGGGCUCCUGUCAGGCCGCAGUCGGUCAAGACACGGAGGACUCGGAGGACGGUGAUGUUCCCCCUAUGCUGCAAGAAAUGAUGGGCAACAUGGACGUGGGGACCAGUGGUGGCAGGGAACCAACGCUGAAUGGGUAUCCAGAACACAGCGAAGAACAGCCCAGUAGUACGGAAACUCCACCAGCUCAAACUGAGGACGACGGAUGGACGGUAGUAAGAAAAACCAAGAAAAAAUGACACCAACUACAUGAUUAGAUUUUUUUUUUUGUAAAAUAAAAUUACUGAAUAUGGACAUGCAGUUCGUGAAUAUCAGUACUUUACGCAGUAUUUAUAUUUAAAAGUACGUGUCACUGGCAUGGGCAUCUUCGAAAAAAAAAGCCUUCCAUAGAUUGAUGGUAAUUUUCCGUGGUUGGACUUCUAUCCACGGUGAGCGAGCAUAAAGCUGUGUAGAUGUAACUGCCGUGAACGUGAUGCAUUGGUAAUGUUUGAUGGAAAGCUGACCGAAGUCAAACAUAGAUCUAGGUCACGAGUGAAAUAGAGCAUAAGACCGCAAACCGUAAUUAUAGGAAGAAUGAAGUAUUGUACAUCAUACAUCAAGGGAGAGUGCAUUUACAUGUACACUGUAUGUACCACACAGCCACCUGAGGAAAUAAAUAUCAGUGUUAAGCGUGGGAGGAAAAUGACAGAUAAUUACUUUCUCUGUAACUGAUGAACUCUUUCAGUGCCCGCAAAAUUUGAAAAGUUUAACCCUAUAGUGCCCAACUUCGAGCGUUUUUUUUUUAUUGUUCAAAAUUCUGUAAAAAAAAAAGUAAAAAAGUUUUACUCACUAAAUUUGUUGUUGUUGCUCUCUGGUAUAUGCUUGAUAUAUUGGAAAGU